AUGUAGUAGCAACUAAAAGUUUCUCCAGAAGAGAUUAUGCAGUAUUGUUCAAACAAUUUCAAAGCUAUAAUACCUGUUUAGAAGAAUGAAUUAGUGGAUAUGAAUGCAAAUUUGCAGCGGAUAAAUAGGAUGAAUUUAGAAGAUGAUGCAUUUGCAAAAACUUCAUUGAUAAUUUAAUAAAAUUAGGGAGGAUCUAUAUUAGCAUAAUAAUAAAAAAAAAAUUAAUACAGUAGCAUUAUAAAUUCUCCUUUGAUACAAGCAAAUAGCUAAAUAAUAUAACCACAUUAAUAGAAUAUGAUUAUGCCAUAAAAUGUUUCAUAGAGUUAAAAUCAUUAAAUUUAGGCUGUGGCAAAUUAAAAUCCAUAUUCAAACAAUAAAAUACUUAAAACAUUUAUUACUCCAUUUGAGAAAUAUCACUUGCAGGAAUUAGUAGAAUAGACUGAGAUCAUGAUAUAACUUCUUAUACAAAAUAUAUUUUUGGCAAAUACAGAAAGCACUUAGUUAUAAACAUACAAUUUAUUAACAAAAUUAAUUGAGAAAAGAGAUUAAGUUUUAGGGAGAAUAGGCCAAGAUAAUAAGCUCAUUUCUUAUGGUAUCCCCUUCGAAUUUUUUCUAAAUGAAGAAACCAGAGCAAAAGAUCAGCAGCUCUAAGUGGAUUUUAUACCUCAAAUGUCAAUAUUUUAAAGCCCUUUGCUAAAUAUACUACCUCAAAUGAAGAACUUGCUUAAAUAAAAAAAUAAUUUGACUAAAGAAUAAAUUGUGGAUUAAUUAGGUUCUGAUUAUUCUCCUUUUAUAAAUAAACUCUACUUGCCUACAUUCACUUCUAAUUUUGGCAAAAAUUCCUCUAGAAGCAAAUUUACUCCUCUUGACGAUAAUCUUCUUUUAUAAGGACUAACAAAAUAUGGCUCUUCAUAAAAUAUGGAACAAAUUAGAAGUAUUUUUUUGCAGGAAAAACAAACUUAAGAAAUAAAGCACAGAUAUAAAAAUUUAAUAUGCUCAAAGGCACAGCCUAAUCCAAUUAAAACUUGGAAAAAUAAUUAGUAUUCACCUUUAUCAGAAUCCGAAAUUAAAUAAUUUCUUAAGGGUCUUAAAUGGUUUGGAACAGAGCAUAAAUUCAACACUAUUAGUAAAUACUUUUUUCAAAAUAACAGAAGUGGCAAUUUAUUAGAGCAAGAAUUCUACAAUAAAGAGAAACUUAAUAAAAAAAGAAAGAAACAUAAUUAUGAGGUAACUAGUAUAAAGUAUAAUUAAUUACUCAAAGACUUUGAAAUAACUGAUGUUCUACUAUAAUGUUCUAAAAUGUAAAACAGAUAUGUUAAUAAAUAAGAUUCAAAUACUUUCUCUGAGGUAAUUAGUGAAUUAAAUAAAUAAGAGAAAAGAAAUCUAAGUCCAAUUAAUUAAGAUUUUUCUAACUCCUCAGAAAAAAAACAGUCAGAAUCUAACUUUAGACAAGAUAAUUAAUACAAAUAGAACCCAUAAAAAAAAAUAAAAACAGAAUAAUUUUACAAUCAGCCAUUAUAAUAAUUUGAAAAUAACUUUUAAGGUAGUAAUUUAUUAUUAGAUAGAUCUUUUCAUAAUUAAAACUUUAAUAACAAUAAUACCAAUAUAUAAAACACUCAGUUUAAUAACGAAGAAAACUUACAAAAUGUAAACAAUAAAUUUAAAAAUGAUUUUAAUCAUAACAAAAAUAACCUUUCACUCGACUUUUAGAGUUAUAAUAGUACUUCUGAUUUUUAUCUUAAAGAGAAAAGAACCUCUCCUAGCUAAUAUAAUAAUAACAACAAUAAUACUUGCUAUUUCAGUUCAAGUAAUAAUAAUAACAAAAGUGCAUACCAAUCAUUCAAUAAUAACAAUGUCAAUGUUUUUAAUAAGCCAUCAAAAUUCAAAAUGAUAAAUAAUGUCACUUACGAGUAUGAUGAAAUUUGA